UUGCAGUAUUUAUUCUCAGAAUGGGAAAUUGAGCUGUGAGUCAUCCAUAAAUAGAAUUAUUACGUUUAUUUGUUGUUACCUCGUAAUAGUAAAAUAUCCCGAAGGACCUGAAGUUGUUUAUUCAUAGAGUACAAUUUUGGAAAUUAAGAAAUAAAAGAAAAACUUUUCAUUUUUGGAUCGACAAAGUUAUAUGGAAUUGAGUGAUACCAUAUAUUACAUUCUUCUUGGCCUAGUUGUACUUCUAGUGCAUUUGUUUUUUUCAUUGGGGUCUUGGCUGGGUUGGGAGCUUUACGUUAACAAUUAAAGAUGAGUGGAAACUUCAAUGACAAAGACAAUAUCAACAAUAUGAAGAGAAGCUUAACGCUCGACUUUAAUAAAGUAAAGAAUUUAAAUAUUCCAGCCGCUAAUUCUGGAUUAUUACUUUCCCCCGAUUUGAAUUUGUUGAAAGUUGAUACUCCAGAAUUAGAAAACAUGAUUCUUGGAAAUCCAUCAGUGAAUACUCCAACACCAUCUUUCUUUCCAAAAUCAGUAACGAUGGAACAAGCAUCUUUUGCUGGCGGAUUUGAAGAGGCACUCAACAAAUUACACAAUUCCAAUGGAUCAGAUAGUAACACAAGUACUAUCUAUAAUGAGGCACAAUUUUUACCAAUAGUUAAGGAAGAGCCACAAACCGUUCCGAAUAUCACAAAUUCCCCACCAAUGUCUCCUGUAGACAUGGAAUAUCAGGAGCGCAUGAAACUUGAACGUAAAAGACAAAGGAAUAGGUUGGCAGCAUCGAAAUGCAGAUCGAGAAAAUUGGAAAGAAUAUCGAAGCUCGAGGAGAAGGUGAAACAGCUCAAGAGUGAAAACGGUGAAUUGGCUACACAUUUAGCACAGCUUAAGGAAACCGUUGGAUUGCUUAAAUUAGAAGUUAUGGACCAUGCUAAUGCAGGAUGCCCUAUUAUCGUUAGUCAAUUCUAGGACUGGAAGAAAAGUACUUUAAAUUUGUUAUUUGAUGAAAAACCAGAAUUUAUUAUAUUUAAAGAGAACCUUUUGUAUCUAAUGCCAUAUGGAGUAUUUUGUAUAUAUAUUUGAUAGUUGACAAAGAAAUAUAAUCUUUUUUUCUAAA